GAGCAAAAUUAAGAUAUGGAUAUGGUGGUGCUCCGAGCUGGGUUUUUGUGAACAGAGAGCUCUAUGCUUCUUCAUCAAUGGCUUCCAUUAGUAGUAGCUUACACAGAUGGGUAUCUAACCCUCGUCUUCCUCGAACCAAUUCGAUCUCGGAAGCAAAUCAAACUCGACCCAUUAAUCAAAUCGUCUCCUUUUCCGUUCCCAUCUCCAGAAGAGACGCGAGUAUUAUACUUCUGGGCUCGCUUCCAUUGACGAGCUUCUUCAUUCUACCACCAAGCUCUUCAGAAGCUAGAGAGAGACGGAGCAGAAAAGUUAUCCCUCUCGAGGAAUACUCCACUAGCCCUGAAGGGCUGAAAUACUUUGACAUUGAGGAAGGCAAAGGUCCAGUAGCUACACAAGGAUCAACUGCUCUGGUGCAUUUCGAUUGCCGUUACAGAAGCAUCACUGCGAUUUCUACAAGAGAAUCCAAGCUUUUGGCUGGAAAUCGUAGUAUUGCUCAGCCUUAUGAGUUUAAGGUCGGGUCUACGCCAGGAAAGGAAAGGAAACGUGAGUUCGUUGACAAUCCAAACGGGUUGUUCUCUGCACAAGCUUCACCAAAGCCUCCUCCAGCAAUGUAUUACAUAACCGAAGGAAUGAAAGUCGGAGGCAAGAGAACAGUGAUUGUUCCUCCUGAAGCUGGUUAUGGUCAGAGAGGAAUGAACGAGAUACCGGUGAGAACCUACUACAAAUUGUAUAUGAGCCUGGAGCUACAUUUGAGUUAAACAUAGAGCUGCUUCAAGUGACGCCUCCACAAGAGAAGUGAACGCAGAUUAGACAAGUUUGAAGCUUCAAGCAUUGAAUAGUCCCACCAACAUUUGUCUAAAGAUAACAAUGGAGAGAAAAAAAGAGAAAGAUGUAAAGUUUUUGGAGUAUUUUGGUGUCUGGUUAUACCACCAAACUCUCUGGUACAGUAAAUAACCGGUAUAUUUGUUGGUCUACAAUUUGAUACACGUAAUUGUUAAAACCUGCUUGUUGUGAGACU